GAUACGUAGCUAAAAUCAAAUUAAGAGAGAAGAUCAUAAUGGCAGACUUCAUGCAGAGAAUCAUGGAAAUGAUUCAGGCUGAACAAGCAGCCAAAGGCUACAACAGUGGUUCUUCAAACUCAUUCAACAACCAUGGCAGCGGUCCCCAGGAUUUCGGCGGUGCAACCAUCAACAGUGGCCAAUAUGCAGGUAACCGUAACAGGUUUACACACUCAGAGCACUACGACGAACAGAUUCUGAAUAACAGUGGUACUUUCAAUGGUAAUGGCAACGGAGGGACUAUUCAGGGUGGUUUUAAGGCCGCAUCAAGGAACUUCUACCGUCGACCUUACGAUAAUUAAUUAUGGCAGUUUAUAUAAACUGGGCAUCAUGAUAUACU